UACAGAAUAUCAGGAGGAACCAGAACCUCUGAAAGUCAUGGAAGUAGAGGAGGAACCAGAACCUUUUCUGUUUAAGGAAGAUCUGGAGGAACCAGAACCUUCUCUGGUUAAGGAAGAGCAGGAGGACCCAGAACCUCCACAGAUUAAGGAGGAGCAAGUUGAGCUGGGCAUCAGUCAGGAUGAAGAGCAGGUUGAUCUGAAGCGGGAGUCUGAUACCCUGACGGAGAAGAAUGUGUUUGUUGUGGGUGGUCCCAGAGAAGAGAAGUCCUUUUUCUGUCCAGAAUGCAAGAAAAGUUUUCGAAAUGGAUCGAACCUGAGAAUCCACCAGAGGACUCACACAGGAGAGAAGCCGUUUUCCUGCAAAGAAUGUCUCAAAUGUUUCAAUGACAGUUCUAAUCUGAGAAGUCACAUGAGGACUCACACAGGAGAGAAGCCGUUCUCCUGUAAAGAAUGCCACAAAUGCUUUAAAGACAGGUCUAAUCUGAGAAGUCACAUGACGACUCACACGGGAGAGAGGCCGUUCUCCUGUGAAGAAUGCUGUAAAAGAUUCAGCCUUCGAUCUACUCUCAGAAUCCACAUGAGGAUCCACACGGGAGAGAAGCCCUUUUCCUGUAAAGUCUGCAACAAAAGCUUUAAUGUCAAGUCCUAUCUCAUAUCGCACAUGAGGACUCACACGGGAGAGAAGCCUUUUUCCUGUCAAGUGUGUCAAAGAAGUUUUAGCCAAAGUUCUAACCUCCGAAUCCACAUGUGGACCCACGCAGAAAAAAAGCCCUUUUCUUGUAAAGAAUGCGACAAAAGUUACAGUCAGAGAUGUCAUCUGAGAAAGCACAUGGAGAACCACAGAAGAUGACUUCUGCAGUAAAAGACUGAAGCUGCAGAUCAUAUUUAUGACAUUUUUUUAAUUCCUCCUGUGGUGUGUUAUUGUCCGUGUUUGUAAGAUACUUUAUCUAAUCCUUGUGCUAUCUUCUGGGUCCAGAUGACCCGACCCUUAUAUUGAUGUGUGAUUCCUCCCAUGACAAAGGUGGACAGCAUUUUGUCUGCCACGGACUCCAAUGGAGAAUAAAAAUUCUUAAAAAAAAGUUCUUAAAUGUGAAAGUCUUUCAUGUAUCGACUUCAAUGGUAAAUACAUAAAGUGUGUCCGUGUGGAGGGGGGGGGGGGGGUCUAGGACAGUGUUAGACAAAUAAUAGUUCACUUUCUGUCCAUAUAUCAGCACGUAGUCAUGAAUUUAAAAUGAUAAGUCAUUUACAAAUGUAUUCCAUGUCACACAACACUUCACAGAGAUAAGUUUAUGGAAAAUGUGUUAUUUUAUGUUUCAUCUGAUGUUCCUAUUGGAUGUGAAUGUUGUGGAAUCCUAGAAUCUAGAAUGUCUUCACUUGUUCUUCAUGUUGUAAAAAUAAAGGCAGAUUUAAGUUGAU